UGCGUAUACAAAUGGAAAAGUAAUAACACAACAAAUAAAAAGGGUAUUUAUGGAGGUCCAUUGCUGCUUUAUCUCUCUCUAUCGUAUAAACAAAACCCUAUGCACUCGGUCUGAGUGCUAUUUCCAAAGCAAAGCAGAGCGACAGAAAGACUGCAGUGCCUUAGGCUUCUCCACUGGCGUUAAACAAACUUUGCAGGCUUUUCUGUCAGAAUGUGAAGGUAUCUGCCAAAGAUAUAAAAGAACCCACAGAAGUCCCUGCAAAAAGCUUUUACAAACUUUCUCUUCACAUAGACACAGACACAAACCAAAGCAUAAACCCAAAACUCAAAAACGUAAUAUUAAAACGCCAACCAAAUAAAAAAGCCAGCAGAACCCAAAACUUAAAAAUCCCAUCUCUCUCUCUCUCUCUCUCUCUCUCUCUCUCUUUCUGUUUCUUUCUUUCUCUUUCCAUGGACUUCCAUCUGAAGCAAUGGAGAAACCAGCAUGAGUCAGAGCAACAACAUUCUGCAAAGAUACCAAAACUCCUUCUUGAGACCCAUCAACCACACCAACAACCAGAACCAUCUGGGCCUGCUCUCCCUUUGUUUGUACCUGAACCAAACAGCAAAAUCAGCAAUCUGUCAGCAUUUCCUGGAGCUACCUCAGCUCCUACCAGAUUUACCAGAAUGGGGAGCUAUUUCAGCUUGGCCCAGUGGCAGGAGCUAGAGCUGCAGGCUUUGAUAUUCAGGUAUAUGCUGGCUGGUGCUGCUGUUCCACCUGAACUCCUUCAGCCUAUUAAGAAAAGCCUUUUGCAUACUCCUUAUUUUCUUCAUCACCCUCUUCAACAUUAUCCCCAUUAUCAGCCUCCUUUGUUCCAAUCAGGGUAUUGGGGACGAGCAGCCAUGGAUCCAGAGCCCGGAAGGUGUCGUCGGACGGACGGAAAGAAAUGGCGGUGCUCGAGGGACGUGGUUGCCGGUCAGAAGUACUGCGAGCGACACAUGCACCGUGGCAGAAACCGUUCAAGAAAGCAUGUGGAAAUCCCCACACCCACCCCCAUCCCCCCUACCACUGCUGUUGCUGGAAAUGGCGGAGGAGGGACUCAGCUCACUUCCACCCACCACCAACCCAUUGCUGUCCCGACCUUGUCAACUGUCUCAGGUGGUGGUGGUGGUACCCAUUUUUCUAUUUCAGGGCCAUCUUCUUCCGUUGAUCUUCUUCACCUUAACCAAAGUUCGUCAGAGUCUAGAACUGAGAACAAGGAUCUUUUUCAACCCCACAACCACCAAGAGCUGGUCUCCAAGGAUGGUAAAUCCGACGGCCAUAUAUUGCGGCAUUUUUUCGACGACUGGCCCAGAUCGAUUCAAGAACCAGAUAACGGUGGAAACAAUAGUAAAGCGAUUGCCAGCCCAAUGAAUUCUGCUACAAGCCUAUCCAUUUCUAUUCCGGGAAAUUCGUCGUCUGAUGUGUCGCUGAAAUUGUCCACCGGCAAUAAUGGGGACGAGGCGGGCCGCCACCAGGAGGCCGUUCGCGAGCAACAUCGCCAGCUAAACUGGGCUUCGGGAUGGGCCGCCAACCAUAUGGCGUCCAUGGGUGGGCCUUUGGCUGAGGCACUUCGCUCCUCCUCUAACUCCCAUUCAUCACCUACGAGUGUGCUACAUCAGUUGCCACGUGGCUCGGUCUCUGAAACUAGCUUUGUUAGCACCUGAAAUUUGGUUUUUUAUUAUUAAUUAUUUAAAAAAAAAAAUGUGAUGACAAAGUUUUUCAUUGUUCUAAUUUUUAAGCCAUCCUCUCAGAGCAAUACUUGGGCAUUAUUAGCCUUCCCUCUGUACAAAAAUUUGCAUGGACGAUAUUUAAUUUCUUUUAUUUUUGAUUUGGUUUGUGUAUGAACCAGUUUUUCAUGUAUAAUUUGGUUGAUCAGAAACAAGUUUAUUGACGUGACU